AUGGCUGCGGGAAGGUUACUGCUCUACGCCGGCCUCUCUCUCGCUCUGUGUGCUCUGGGCAUGCUGGCUGUGGCCAUCUGCUCGGACCACUGGUACGAAACGGAUGCCCGGAAGCACCGCGAGCGGUGCAAAAGCUUCACCACCCGGAGGAAUGACCCGGGCUUCAUUUAUAACUCCAACAACAACUUGCCCCUCCGGGCCAGCCGGUCGAGGCUGGACCGCUGGGAAGGGAGGCUGCUCUUGGCGCGGAAUCGGAGGCACCUCUUUGCCAUGAGCCCCGUGGACGAGUGCAACAGACAGUACAACUCCACCAACAUGGGGCUGUGGAGGAAAUGCCACCGGCUGGGAUUUGACCAGGAUCUGGAAGAGCUCAUUGCUAAAGGAGCCAUCGACCAGUGUUCAUAUAUCAAGUACCACUACUCCUCAGCAACAAUUCCCAAGAAUCUCACCUACAAUAUAACCAAGACCAUCCGUCAGGAUGAGUGGCACGCCUUGCAUCUGCGCAGAAUGACGGCUGGUUUCAUGGGCAUGGCAGUAGCCAUCAUCCUCUUUGGAUGGAUUAUUGGGGUGCUGGGGUGCUGCUGGGACCGAGGCCUUAUGCAGUAUGUGGCAGGACUUCUCUUCCUCAUGGGAGGAACCUUCUGCAUCAUUUCACUGUGCACAUGUGUGGCUGGAAUCAACUUCGAGCUCUCCCGAUACCCCCGGUACCUGUAUGGACUUCCUGAUGACAUCAGCCACGGCUAUGGCUGGUCAAUGUUUUGUGCAUGGGGGGGCCUGGGUCUCACGUUGAUCUCUGGCUUCUUCUGCACGCUGGCCCCCUCUGUUCAACCUGUCCCCAGGACCAACUGCCCCAAAUCGAGACCUGAGAAUGGGACAGUGUGCUAAGACAAACACAAACAAACCUAUAAAUAUACAUAUUAUAAAUAUAUAAAUAUAUAUACAUAAACAUAUUAUAUAUAGAUCUCAAAUGGAUGCCAGUGCCAAGGUAGAGUGAAAUCCAAUAUGGCGCCUACAUCUUCUCUACAGACUUUUUAUCACUCUUGUUCUUUCUCCUGGAGGUGGGAAAAGCUUUUCUGCAACAUCGCUCUUCCAUCUUGUUCUUAAAAAUCUUCAGCAUCCCAGUUCAAAAGUCAAGUGAACAUAUUGUUGCAUCUGUCUACUGCCAGUUGGGUGGGAUGUGGUAGGGAGGGGGUAAAGGGAUGUCUUGGUGUAUGUAAGACCGAGUCUGUACAGGAAGCUAAAGCAAAAACAAAAACACAAUCUUGUCUGUUGCAAAUUGGGGAAAUAGAAACAGAAAAUAAACCAAACAUUUGAGUUACCUCUCUUAAAUGUAAUCUCCUCAAGGCCAUCUUCAGAAUCUCCCUUCCUGCACACUCUCCUCUUUAAAAACA